AUGGUUUUGAUAUCGCUGUCUUCUGAAUCUGGAAAGCGCUCUGAGGGGCAGCGGUCACAAGACCGUUUCUUAGCUCGAGCAGCAGCAGCAGUUGCUGCUGCUUCUGCUGCAGUGCAGCAGCAGCAGCAGCUGCUGGAGGGGACGGUGCUCAGGCGCGGGCUGCGGGGGAGGCCCCGAGCAGCAGCAGCAGCAGCAGCAGCAGCAGCAGCAGCAGCAGCAGCAGACGGGAGUCCUGACCCCCGAGAGCCGCGGCGGGCUCGCUGUCGGCUGUCUCCCUCGCAAGCAGCAGCAGCAGCAGCAGCAGCAGGAGCGGCGUCAGCAGCAGCAGCAGCAGCAGGGGGUGCGGGUGCGGGGGAGGAGCCCGGGGGCGACUCGCGGCGGUGCGACGCCUCGAGCGCGUCUGCUGCAGCAGCCACGGCGGCCACAGCAGCAGCAGCAGCAGCAGCAGCAGCAGCAGCAGCAGCAGCAGCAAGACCCCCGCUGCCUUCUGCUGCUUGGAGCAUCCGGGGCCAAGUUCCCUGCGAUGCCUUCGUGCCUUCUUGUCUUUGGAAAAGGCCUUUUGAAGGCAACGAAAGGGGCCUCAGGCAGCGCCUGCUGCACCCCACACACGUGGCAGCUUUGGCGCAGCUGCGGCUGGAAGCAAAACUGGGAGCAGCAGCAGCAGCAGCAGCAGCAGCAGCAGCAGCAAUCGACGCAGCAGAAGCUCUGCGACUCGACCCCGACUACCCCAAGGCCCACUACAGGCUGAUUGCUGCGCUGCGGGCCAGCAGCAGCAUAACUGCUGCUUCGCGAGCAGCAAAAGCAGCAAUUAAAAGAUUUCCGGAUAUUCCGGAAUUCCGGCGCAUUGCGCGGCAGCUGCAGCUGAACAUGGUCCGAGCCCUCUGCGUCGAGCGCAUCUUCAAUGCAGGUUCUUUGCUGCGGACUUACCCCACAUUUCGUUUAGAUGAGCUGCAGGAGGAGCUGCAGGAGCAGCAGCAGCAGCAGCAGCAGCAGCAGCAGCAGCAGGAGCGGCAGGCAGCCUUGCGGCGAGGCGGGUCGGAGCGGCAGCAAGCGGAGGAACAGCAGCAGCAGCAGCAGCAGCAGGAACAGCAGCAGCAGCAGCAGCAGAGCGAGCUGAGGCAGCAGCUGCAGCUGCAGCUGCAGCAGGAGUUGCUUAGGGAGCAGCAGCAGAGCCCCUCGCAGGAAUUCAGUCAGCCGCAGUCGCCUGAGCAGCAACAGGAAGAACAGCAGCAGCAGCAGCAGCAGCAGCAGCAGCAGCGGCAGGUGGGAGAGCAGGAGCUGCUACAGGAGCUGCAGCAGGAACUGCAACAGGAGCUGCAGCAGCAGGAAGAGCAGCAGCAGCAGCAGCAGCAGCAGCGGGGCGUCCGCUGGUUCUUUGGCAGCCGCCGCAGCUCUUCAAGGGAAGCUGGGCGUGCUGUGCUUGCUGCAGCAAUAUCAAGAGAUGCUUCUGCUGCUGCUGCUGCUGCUGCAGCAGCAGCAGCAGCAGGCCAGGUGACUGUGCACCUGGGAAGAUCAGCAGCAGAAGCAGCAGCUUUUACGGGGGCGCGUUUUGUCAUAACCGGGCGCUUUCGCCGCCGCCCAGCAGCAGCAGCAGAAGCAGCAGCAGCAGAAGCAGCAGAAGCAGAAGCAGCAGCAGCAGCAGCAGCAGCAGCAGCAGCAGCAGCAAGCGGCGAGCAGUCAGACUCUGUCUCCCCAGCUGCAGCAGAAGGGUCAGAGGCGGAGCGGUCCCCAGCUCCAGCAGCAGCGCGUGGACGCUCUCCGCAGCAGCAGCAGCAGCAGCAGCAGCAGCAGCAGCAGCAGCAACAGGAGCGUGGGACUUCUACCGCGGCUGCUGCUGCUGCUGCUGCUGUUCCUGGCGAAGAGGCGCUGGCGAGAGCAGCAGCAAGGGCGGAGAAGCAGCUAAACAAAUGCCUGCAGCUCAGCAGCACAGCAGCAGCAGCAGGAUGGCUGCAUCCUGCUGUUGCUGCUGCUUACCGCAGCAGCAUCCGCGGCUGGAGGGGCUGGGGCUCUGCUGCUGCUCUAAGGAGACUCAUAAAGAAAGAUUUGCGGCAGCAGCUGCAGCAGCAGAGCCAGCGCUUGCUCAGGGCAGGUCGAAAGCAGCAGCAGCAGCAGCAGCAGCAGCAGCAGCAGCAGCAGCAGCAGCAGCAGGGCGCUGCAAGCGGUACUGAGGCUGGAGAGUCACGAGCGCGCGCAAGAGAGGAAGACACAGACCAGCAGCAGCAGCAGCAGCAGCAGCAAACGGAAGGAAGCCCAGACAGUGGCAGAAGCAGAAGCAGCAGCAGCAGCAGCAGCAGCAGCAGCAGCAGCAGCAUUCCGUCAGCUGACACGGAUGCAGCAGACCGCUGCGCACCCUCAAAGAGGCAGCGAACGCGGGAGCUGUCUCCUUCAAGAGAUACUGCUGCUGCUGCAGCAGCAGCAGCAGCAGCAGCAGCAGCAGCGGCAGCGCCCGCAGCUGCUGCUCCUGCUGCCUCCCGGGCAGCUGCAGCAACACCACCAGGAGAACCAGAAGCAGCAGCAGCAGCUUCUCCAGCUGCAGCGGAGGCAGAAGCAGCAGCAGCAGCAGCAGCUGAGUCUGCAGCAGCUGCAGGAGCAGAAACCGCAGCAGCAGCAGCAGCAGCUGCUGCUGCUGCUGCUGCUGCUGCUACUCCUUCAUCUGCUUCCGACAGAAGCAGAGGACUGGAGAGCAGCUCAGGUGGAGAUACACCUGAGGCCCUCUCCGACUCCAGCAGCAGAAUGCUGCAGCUGCUGUCGCGGAGAGAGCAGCAGCAGCAGCAGCAGCAGCAGCAGCAAGAGUCAGGCUCUGCAGAGCAUGCAAGCAGCAGCAGCAGCAGCAGCAGCAGCAGCAGCAACUUGCUGGAGGAGUUAACAACUGCUUGGGUCAAUGAGCUGUUCCCAGCAGCUCCAGAAAGCCCCGCAACAAUGCGGCUGCUGCGCAGCAGCAGCAGCAGCAGCAGCAGCAGCAGCAGCAGCAGCAGAGAUGGCCACAGCAGCGAUGAGGACAGCAGCAGCGAGCCAGACACAACUGUGUCUCCUCUGGAUGCUCUUGAUGACCUGGCGCUGUGCGAGGGGGACUGGCGCAGCGGCGGAGCAGCAGCACAAUGGGAGUCGCUGCUAAACGCCAAUUGGAGGCCGCAGUGCGAGUUCGGCAGAUACGUGGGGGCCUCGAAUGUGGAAACUGGCAUUAAGGAGUGCGGCUUCUACGGAGACGAAUUUGUUCUAGCAGCUAGUGACGAUGGGGCUGCAUGCGUUUUCCAACUCCUAGAUGGGCAAUGCGUGAGCAUUUUAAAAGGACACCAAACCUCCUUAAAUUGCGUCCAAACAAACCCUAGGGGCCCCUGCAUUGCCACGAGUGGCAUUGACAACUAUGUGCGCCUCUGGCGGCCGGGGCCCCACAGCAGCAGCGGGGUAAGCCAGCAGCAGCAGCAGCAGCAGCAGCAGCAGCAGCAGCAGCAGCAGCAGGUGCAGCAGCAGCAGCGCGACAGGAACAGAGAGGACACUCACGCUGACGCCCUAGACCGGUAA